AUGACUGCAACCAACGGCCGUCAUCUCGAUAACGGGAGCCCCUCCACCACCCUCCGUAGGGCUGAGGAAGUGCACGAUCUCAUCGAGGCUGUCCGAGGUCUCAUUGUACCCUUCAUCAAGGCUGCCGACGAUGCAGCGUCGCAGCGGGCCACAGGAGACCUUGCCCCGGGCGAGGCUAAUGUCUUGGUUGACUUUCAAAAGCCCCGUGAAUUAGUUGACCGGAUCAAGUUCUCUUUGCCGAACGAGGGUCAGGGCAAAGAGGGUCUCCUAGAGAUCAUCCAGCAAGUCCUCCAGAACAGUGUCAAUACUUGGGACCAGGGUUUCCUUGACAAGCUCUAUGCGAGCACGAAUGCGCUGCAUGUAUUCCAGGUCUCUCCCGCCCUGACUGUGAUUGAAAAGACCACGGCAAAGACCCUGGCGCACUUGUUUGGUUUCACUGGCCCACGAGCUGGUGGUAUUUCUUGCCAGGGUGGAAGUGCUUCUAAUCUGACUUCCCUUGUCGUGGCUCGCAACACUCUGUUCCCUGAGUGCAGGAUCUCCGGCAAUGGUGACCGUGAUUUCGUUGUCUUUACAAGCGCUCAUGGUCAUUACUCGGUUGAGAAGAGCGCCAUGAUCUGCGGUCUCGGCUCCUCCAGCGUGUGGCCAGUGGCUGUGGACGAGCACGGCUGCAUGAAGCCUGACGCCCUGCGAGAGCAGGUUCUCCGCGCAAAGGCUGAAGGCAAGACACCUUUCUAUGUCAACUCUACAGCAGGCACAACUGUCAUGGGAUCGUACGAGCCAUUCGAGGAGAUUUCCAAGAUAUGCAAGGAGUUUGGUCUGUGGAUGCACAUCGAUGCUAGUUGGGGUGGUCCAGCCAUCUUCUCGUCGCAGCAAAAGUGGAAGCUCAACGGCUCUCACUUGGCUGACUCUUUGACGGUCAACCCUCACAAGAUGAUGAACGUUCCUGUUACUUGCUCGCUCCUCCUGGGUCCCGAUAUGAACAUCUUCAACAAGGCCAACAGCACCGCUGCAGGGUAUCUGUUCCAUACCAGUGACAGCGGUGACAUCUGGGAUCUUGCCGACCUGACCCUUCAGUGUGGACGACGUGGAGACAGCUUGAAGCUUGCCCUUGCCUGGAUCUACUAUGGUGCUGCUGGUUUCGAGAAGCAGAUUGACCACGCAUUCGAGCAGUCUGCGUACCUUGCCAACCUCAUCAAGCAGAGUGACAACUUUGUCUUGGUAUCUCAGGAUCCUCCACCUUGCCUACAAGUGUGCUUCUACUACGCCCCCGGUGGAGACUUGCCCGAUGACAAGGAGGUCAACACUCUCCGAACCAAAACCAUGGUCGAGAAGAUGAUCCUCAGGGGUUACAUGGUUGACUAUGCUCCCGGACCUAAGGGUAGCUUCUUCCGAGUUGUGGUCAAUUGCCAGACGCUGAAGGGAACCGUCGAAGGUCUCGUCAAGGGCCUUGAGGAAGUUGGACGCGAGUGA